AUGGCGAUAUCAAAUACAGUUGUGAUUCCAAGAAAUUUUAGACUACUUGAAGAAUUGGAACAAGGACAGAAAGGUGUUGGCGAUGGCACUAUUAGUUGGGGUCUUGAAAAAGAUGAUGAUAUGACUUUGACUCAAUGGACUGGAAUGAUCAUUGGACCACCUAGAACUCCUUAUGAAAAUAGAAUGUAUAGCUUAAAAGUGGAAUGUGGUCCUAUGUAUCCAGAUGAUGCACCUGUCGCUCGUUUUGUUACGCGCAUCAAUAUGAAUUGCGUGCAUAAUACUAGUGGAUUGGUUGAUAAUAGACAAGUACCAGUGUUGGCUAGAUGGCAACGUGAUUACAACAUCAAAACUGUUUUACAAGAGCUUAGGAGAUUAAUGACACUUAAGGAUAACAUGAAAAUGUCUCAGCCACCUGAGGGUAGCACAUUCUAGCCAUCGCCGCUGUCUGAACCAUGGAAUAGUUUGUACCUAGCGCCUCGCUACCAACCCACAGCGGCCGCACUGGUACAACCUACACAGCCGAUGCAAGCAGUACAACAACAACAACAACGCCGCUUCAUUGGUCGUUGCCUGAGGAUUAUUUUCCCAUGCUGCUAUUAUACAGCUCCUCAGACAGACACCUAGAUUUUACUUUAAAUGUUUGGGAAAUGUCUAUCCCUUUCAUUUUUGGUUUUAAACAUAUUUUCCACAGGAAUAUAAGUUUUACAGAUCAUUUUGUUUAUAAUUUUUGUUAAAUUUUUCAUUUAAUUUCAUGGUUCAGAAAGCGAUAUCACACUUAGGCAUAUUUUAUAUACUAUUUAUUAUAUAAUAUAUUCAUAAAUAGAUAA